CUUAGUAUAAGGCUGAGGUAAAUGUAGGAUACGCAUAACGUUGUUUGUACAAUUAAACCUGAUACUCCACAACCAUUUAGUCGUAAUUUGAAACGCAAAAUCUUUGUUCACAAAAGUUUAAGGUAGUUUUGUAUCAGGGUCAUAACUGUAGUUCCUACCCAAAACAACAAGAAUGUUGGAUGAUAACAGGGUAACUGGAAUGAACAAAGAAAACGCAGAUCACGUGACUAACACAGCUGAGCAACCAAGCGAACCACCAACCUCAGCAUCUAAUGACCCACAAGGUGAUGAAGUGACGACACGAAAACCUACAAUUGAAGAUAUUUUUGCUCCUCCAGAUGUCGGUCAACUGCUGCAAAAGCGGAAAUAUCACGAAGCUUACGUCGUAUCAAGUCGUCUAAUGAAGUUCGACUCUUCUUUCAUUGGAUCUAAGGGUCUUGUCGAUCAUUGCCGAUGUUGUAUGUUGGUUGGAGAAGGGGAAGAAGCGAUUCGAACCAGAGCUCAACUGAAAAAGUUAUUAAUUGAGAAAUCGCAAACCACGCCGCAUGAAAUUAAAGAAUUUGCUGAUAGUAUUCGGGGUGAAGGAAGAGACAUGGAAGCGAUUUUAUUCUUUCAAAUCGCUGCCGAGUUUUAUGAAAAUAAACUUAAAGCAGGUUUGGUCGGGAUAGCGAAUUGCUGUCUUGGGGUAAGAGAAUCUAUCGAGUCAAUGUUAUCACGUGACGAAGAAUUAAAAUCGAUCGUUCGAACCCACGUGAUUCCACUGAUGCGUGGCAUGCGAACAAUGAUUCAACGAUCCAGUGACGUCGGCGAGGAAGAUCGCUGUUUGCAGGAAGUUUGGUGUUUGCAUCGGAUCGAAUACACAGAGUACUUGGUUAACGAUUUGGAUAGUCGUGAGAAAACACUAAAAGAAGCGAUCGCCAUGAUGAAGAGGGUGUAUAAGAAGAAAGCCGGAAAGUUUGAAGUGUAUGGAGUCUGUUUAAACAAUCUUGGUAUUACGUAUGAACUGACCUCCCGGCCGAGCGAUGCCUGUCAGUGUUUCCGAGAAGCGAUUGCAGCUUAUGCGAAAGCUGAGGAUAUUAACGAUGAUGAAAGAGCCAAGGAGAUUGCCAACAGCAAACGCGGACUAGCCGGCGCGAAAAAUAAAACUAAUUGACCUCGUCCAGGUGCGCAUGACGUGGAAAAUAUAAUAUAAGUUCAGUUAUGAUCAUUCUUUUCUAAUUAAUAUCCAUUUCCGCAUUUUUAAAAAUCAAUGCAUAAGUUUUUUUCGUAGCAAUAAAAGCUGGUGCGGUGUAAAAUUGCAUAAAUACGUGUUUAUGUCAAAUAUUUAUAAUUAAUAUGUUUUGCAAAUCCUAUUUUUUAUAAAUGAAAUCCGCGUGGUUUUGUAAUCUAGAAAAUAGUAGAUUAGAUUCCUAAUCACAUGUUGGUGGCAUUGGUAUAGAAAGUAUCAAAUAUCGUCGCUAAAAUUCGUCUCUGUAUACUAUAUAUUAUGAUCGCCCUGAUGCUAAAAGCUAUCGAUCCAAUUAAAGAACAUUUUUUCUCAUG